AUGCCAAGGGACCUCGAAGCAGGAGCCGGAAUCCAUUUGUUGCGACAGGCGCUGGUGACAGCCAAAUAUUCUGCGGGCUACAACGGCGACUCCGGCACCUUACUAUCUGCGCCAGCCGGCUCCCUUUCAUGCCUAGAACUGGCACGCGGCCACGAGCCGUGCGUCCGCCUCCUCGUCGUCGCGCGCGCCGCCGUCGACCUCGAGUCGGCCUCGGGGUUCACGGCGCUCAAGGCCGCGGUGCAAGAGGGGCGCGCGGACUGCGUGCGUGUCCUCUGCGAGGGAGGCGCCGACGUCGAACUGGCCUCGCCGCUGCGGCUCGCCGCCUUUCGCGGCCACGACGAGUGCUGUGCCGCCCUGCUGCAUGCGCGUGCCGACCUGACCUGCCGGUCAGCGACGGGCCUGACGGCGCUGCACGUCGCCGCGCAGCAGGGAGCCGCGGGGUGCUGCUCACUCCUCUGCGAGGGCGGCGCAGAGAUCGACGCCGCAGACGACAAGGGCUGGACUCCGAUGCUCGUCGCGGUGCUGCGGGGCCAUUUGGCCUGCGCUGCGGCCCUCUCCUCGUUCGGCGCGUCGCGCGUGGGCGGAAGGAGGCUGGCGGUCGCGGAGGAGCCGCGGCUGGAGGCGGAGGCGGUCGCGGAGACGCGUGGCUGGGUGGAGCUGCACGCGUGGCUCCUGCUCUGGCUCGGCGCCGCGGCCCGCCACUCGCGCCGCUUGCCGCUGGAGGUAUGGCGCGCCCACGUCAUGCCGCACCUCCUCCUGCGGGACGACGAGUAA